AUGAAUGCAGUAGCUCCCACAUUAAUCAGUGGAAUUGCAUAUGCUACCAGUGCACAGGAAGUGUGGAUGGAUCUGCAGGAACGACUCGACAAGGUAAAUGAUACACGCUGCUAUAACUUACACAAGGAAAUUGCCACUCUAAAUCAAGGUACUGCAUCCAUUUCUGUUUACUACUCAAAACUCAAAGACCUUUGGGAUGAGACUGAAUCUGUAGUACCUGCUCCUGGUUGUGAUUGUGUCAAAACAAAAGAAUUCAUUGUGCAUUUACGUAAGCAGAAGGUGUAUCAAUUUCUUAUGGGCCUAAAUGACUCUUAUUCUCAAGCACGUAGUCAAAUCCUUAUGAUGAAAGCACUACCAACAGUAAACCAAGCCUAUGCUAUGCUUAUGAGUGAUGAAAGUCAGAGAUCUGUUACUGCUAAUGCUGGUAUAUUAGGAUCUGCUCCUAAUGCAAACAUAAAUGCCUAUGACUCCACUGCCCUGGAUAUUGCAAAGCCUAGCUUCAAUCCAAAGUUCAGAAAAAACUAUAAUAUUCAAUGUGACUUCUGUAAAAUCAAAGGCCAUAGCAAAGAAAAUUGCUACAAAAUCAUAGGAUAUCCACAAGACGAUAAGACUAAAAGGAAAGGGGGAGCUGGUGCUUAUAAUGCUAUGGUAGAAUCAAGUUAUGGUGUAACUUUGCACAACAAUCAUGCUUCUCAAGACAGGGCAAUGCAGCAUAUGCCUAUGCAUCAAGGCAAUCAGUUUGUGAAUCAGGCCUCUGAGGGUUUACAGGGUCAAGGAAUCUCAAGCACUCAAAAGCAGGAAAGUUCUUCCUCCUCACAGUCUCAGGCAUCAGCAAACUCUGCUUCACAAGGUGGUGGUUUUCCAUUUAUUAAGGAACAAUAUGAUCAGAUAAUGCAGAUUCUGAACACUGGUCCUUCUCUUCCUACUCAAGCAAAUGCUGCAGGUACUGAUACUGCUCUCUUAGCAUCCUCUAAUUCACAAGAACAAGAGUGGAUCAUUGACACAGGUGCUACAAAUCAUAUGGUAUCAAAUGUAGACUUAUUGACCAAAUCCUCUCUAACUACACCCUCUAAGCCUAGAAGAGUUCUGCUACCUAAUGGAGAUGUUACUCAAGUUACUCAGAUUGGAGAUAGUCACAUUUCAGAUAGAAGCACUAUUAAGGAAGUGCUUUAUGUUCCUCAAUUCAAAUUCAACUUAUUGUCAGUCUCCAAGGUGACAAGAGAACUAAGAUGUUUUGCUUCCUUUUAUCCUGAUUUCUGUGUAUUUCAGGAUCUCUUCAGUGGCAAGGUGAGGGAGAUUGGUAGGGAAAGAGAAGGCUUAUACUUUCUACAGAGGCAUGGGGCCAAGAAGCUUACUGUUGUUGCUCUAGUUGCAGCUGGAAUAAAGUCAAGAACUACAGAUAUCACCUUAUGGCAUAAAAGGCUAGGUCAUAUAUCUACUAUUGUUCUCAGAAGAUUAUUUCCUGCUAAACUAGCUAGUAUUGCUGAUACCAUCAAUAAGUGCACUGUCUGUCCUUGUGCUAAACAAACUAGGCUGCCAUUUCCUACUAGCUAUACUAAGAGCACUGGUGCAUUUGAUCUAAUUCAUGUAGAUGUUUGGGGCCCCUACAAGUAUGCAACUUUUGAUGGAAAUAAGUACUUCUUGACUGUUAUUGAUGAUUUUAGCAGAAUGAUUUGGUUGUUUCUUCUGAAGUUAAAAUCUGAUGUGUGUGUUGUUCUCGCUCAGUUUAUUGUAUUUGUUCAAACUCAGUUUAACAAAACCUUGAAGGUUAUCAGAUCAGAUAAUGGCAGCCUAUAUUAUAACAGGAUGCCUUCUUCUGUACUUAAUGGAUUGUCCCCAUUUGAGCUGUUAUAUGGCAGGGUUCAGGAGACAGAUAAACUUCUUCCUAGAGCUAGGCCUACUGUCCUUAUAGGGUUCUCUGAUUCUCAAAAGGGGUACAUCCUGUUAGACUUGGAGAGUCAUUGCUUUCUCAUUAACAGAGAUGUGUCUUUCAGGGAAGACAUCUUUCCUUUCAAGGAUUAUCCUACAACUAUGCCACCUGUAUUCUUGUCUCCUGAGUCUCCUCUUGUUGAUACUGAGCUCAGAAGUAAUACCUCACCCUCAUCUCCUCCUUCCUCUAUUGAUUCUGAUCAUGCUACUAGUAAUUCAGAACAAGAAUCAUCUACUCAGCAUCAAUCACCAGCAGGUGUGGCUCCACCUGACUUGCCUUCUCAGGAACUUAGCUGCCCUGGCCUAAGGAAGUCAACAAGGCCUAGACAGGCUCCUAUUUGGAUGAAGGACUUUGUAUCUUUGCCUGGCCAUAAGGCUGUGCCUUACUCUAUCUCCAAUUAUGUGUCAUACAAUGGUCUUUCUCCUACAUAUCAGGCCUACUUAGCUGCAUUUUCCACCAUAGUAGAACCCUCCUCCUUUGAAUAA